AUGCAUCGAGUGACUUCGGAACAAUUAGAUGUUUCAAGAUUAGCAUGGCAAAAUGAAUCAGAUGUUGAAAAACAAUUGGCAAAAGUAACAAGACAAGGAAGUGCAUUGAAAGAAAUACGAUGUUGUGAUCAUAUUGUGAGACAAUUAAGUAGAACAAGAAGUUUAUUUGGACCGGGUAGUAGAUCAAGAAGAAGUCAAUCUGAAACAACAUCUACUGUUUCAAGAAGAUAA